AUGGCCGGCAGCGGAAGCGGGAGUAGCAGCAGCAGCCCGCCAUGCGCCUCAUGCAAGCUGCUGCGGCGGCGGUGCACGCAGGAGUGCGUGUUCGCGCCCUACUUCCCACCCGAGGACCCUCACAAGUUCGCCAUCGUCCACAAGGUCUUCGGCGCCAGCAAUGUCAGCAAGAUGCUGCAGGAGCUGCCUGCUCAGCAGAGAGCGGACGCUGUGAGCAGCCUGGUAUACGAGGCGAACGCGCGCAUGAGGGACCCUGUGUACGGCUGCGUCGGCGCCAUCUCCUACCUCCAGCAGCAGGUCUCCCAGCUCCAGGUGCAGCUCGCCCUCGCCAAGGCCGAGAUCCUCUGCGUCCAGAUGCAGCACGACGACGGCCAUGCGCAUUCAGCUUCAGCUGCUGCUGUGCCAUCUCCGGCAAAGCAACAACUUCAUCAACACCAGCAGCAGCAGAUGGAAUGUGACGCUUGA